AUGUUCUGUGGUAGUCGGCGGGCUCACCAAGCCGCUCUCUUCCAUGGCGCGUCGUUGCCGCGCAAGUACAUCUCGCUAGGAGGAUGGUGCGGCCCAGCGCUGAUGCUGGGGAAGCUGGGCCUGCGCACGGAGGCGUACCCGUUCGAUUUCAGUCGCGUCACCCUCGAUGGACUGCUGCACUUCAUCCGGAACGGCUUUGCGGAGGGCUUCUACCCGCCUGGGCCGCCGCCGUACCGGCCCGAGUGUGUAGGGCCGUGGGUGCUCUUCCGCGGGCAGCACACGGCCUUUGCGCACUUCGACCUCAACGACCCAUACGUGCAGGCCCACUUUCAAGUAAAGAUGCGCCGCUUCGACGCGAUGCUGGACUCCCCGGAGAGGCCCGUCACGUUUUUCCGCACCGUCACGGCGCGCUAUCCUCAAGAGGAAUUGGCGCUCGCCGUCGAUCUGGAGGAAGCCGUGGCGCACCGCAACCCCUCCCUCGACUUUCGUAUUGUCUUCAUGGUGCACGACCAGGGGCUGCGCGCCAACGCGGUACAGCUGGCCCCGCUCUCGCCGCGGGUAACUCUCUGGACGCUGCAGUACCGCGGCUUGCCUAGCGACACACUCUUUGACCGCACACACACCGCCUACCGCACCGUCAUGAUGCACAGCGUCGCGGAGAGCAACUGGCCUGCCGUCAACGUAGGUGUUGCCACUCCGCCACCAGCGGCGGUGGCGUCGGCAGAGGCAUGGGAUUUCGAAAGCAGGGUUCUCCGCUGCGAUGGCGCCAUUCGGACCGACGACGUCCUCUUUGCCGAUCUCACCGCGGCGCGCUUCCCAUGGCGCAGCCACGACAACUUGGCCCUGAUCGACGGCGUCGCCAGCGUUGGCGGCACGUGCGCUGGCAUCGGCAGCACAAUGAUGCUCAAAGACGCCACUGCCGCGUUGCAGGUGGAGGGGCGAGCGCAACAAAAGUGUCGUUACUGCGGCGACGCGACAUAUCACGCGGCAGGGCGGCCCUUCCGAACGGAGCGCCCUUUCACCGACGAGGAGGAUGAGCUCGUGCUCAUCCACCUCUACCAGAUCCUCACGGGCGGGGACAAGGUAGCUGCGGUGGAGAAACUCGCACAUGAGAUGCAGCGCGGCACGUACGAGGUGAUUUGCCGUAUCCAGUACUUGACGAACUCCAGCACGAAGCUCAUGGACUCCAUUGACCCCGCCAGCCCAUUCGACUCGUAG